UCACCAAUGGCUUUGUUCAGCGUGGGACAGAAAACGCCCAGAUUUUCCUGUUACUUCCAAAAAGGGGCUGGGACUCGAAGCACGGGUGCGGCAGAGCAGAGUCAGCGCCCUGGCAGGCUGUGGCACCCCGAGGCUGACGGCGGGAGGUGGCAGCAUGCGAGAUGCGGAGUGCCGGGACAGUGACGGGGUGGAGGGGGUCGUCCAGGGGAAGAUGCCACUGCGAGCUCAGCACCUGCCCCAGCAGGGUCCCAAACCGAGGUGCCCAGGCAAAUGCCACCUGCAGGUCACGCGUGCCCUCCGUCACCUGCUGCUGGCACCGUGCCUGGUUCCCUGCGGGGUUUUCAGCCCCUUUGUCUCUCCCGUAGUCAGAACCGCCCUCCCCAGCGGGUCCGUGGUCGUCAACAGCUGCAGCAGCGCGGCUGAGCAGCUCUGCAACUUUAUCUGUGACUGCAGCGACUGCUCGGAUGAGAACCAGUGCGGGUACCUACGGGGCUCAGCAGUGCUGGGCACCCCCUUCACCUGUGACUUCGAGGACAGUGACUGUGGCUGGCAGGACGUGGGCACGUCGACGUACGGAUGGGUGCGAGGCCGGGCCAGCCUGGCCACGUGGGGUGUGGGGGCUCAUUCGGACCACACCGUGGGCACUGACCUGGGUUGGUUCUUGGUGACUGUGUCACCCCCAGCAAAGACCACGGCCACGGCCUGGCUCAGGUCACCUGAGAUGCGGGAAGCAGCUGCCACGUGUGAGAUCAGAGCGUGGUAUCACCUCUCAGGGAGCUGUGAGAGCACCCAAGGACUGAACCAGACAGAGCGGCCAGUGCUGCGCCUGGCUGUGGCACUCAAGGACGAGGUGGUGGGGCUGUGGCAGAGCCCCGAGCGCAGCAGUGCGGGCUGGCACCAGCUGGUUGCCUACCCUGGCCGGAUCACAGAGCAGUUCCAGCUCAUCUUCUCCCUUACACAACCACCCACCUGUGGGGCAGAGGUGGCACUCGAUGACAUCAUGUUCAGGAACUGUGGCUUACCAGAGGUUGAGCAGCAGGUCUGCGAGGCCCAGGAGAGCCGCUGCCACCGCGGCUCCUGCGUGGCACUGCGUCGUCUCUGCGACGGCACCGACGACUGCGGGGACAGCUCGGACGAGGCACAGUGCGAGAACUUCACCCACUGCUCCUUUGACCACGAUCUCUGUGGCUGGGAGGCGGUGGCCGAGCCACCAGCACCAGUGUGGGGCAGGAACACAAGCCUGAACCUGGGCACCUCUUAUGGCAUUCCCACUCGGGACCACAGCAACAACAGCAGGGCUGGUUUUUUCCUCCACGUGGGCAGUGGCCCCACUGCACAGGCUGAUGGCACAGCUCAACUCAGCAGCCCCACCUUCCAAGCCACCAACUCCUGUUCUCUCGUGUUGUACUGCCACCUCCAUGGCUCAGCCACCAGCAAACUCAGCAUCUCCUAUGUGACCAACUUUACCAAGCACCUGAUGAGGGAGAGGACAGGAGACCUGGGCAGCUGCUGGGUCCGGGAGAGAGUGGACUUCAACGUGAUGCAUCCCUUCAAGGUGCUGAUUGAGGGGGUGGCUGGCAGCGGGGGAACCGUGGCCAUUGAUGACCUGAUCCUGUCUCAAGGCUGUGUGAGGCAGCAGGAGGAGGCUCCGGUGCCGCCGCCGAGGCAGGCGGGUGCCAGCCCCUGCGCCGCGGACCAGACGGCCUGCGCCAGCGGGGACUGCAUCGCCGCAGAGCUGGCCUGCGACUUCGCCGCCACCUGCGCCGACGGCUCCGAUGAGACGCGCUGCGGGACAACAACCUUUGAGUCAGGGGCUGGGGGCUGGCACGACGUCAGCCUGGGGCGGCUGCGCUGGGGUCUGCAGAACGUCACUGAGUCUGGCAGCUUCCUCACAGGGACUUUCUUGGCCCUCCAGACAGGAGAAGGACAGAUGGUGGGUCCUGCGAAGGCACGAACGCCUCCGCUGGGCCCCUCUGGCCCUGCCUGCACUGUGGAGAUGAGCUACCACAUCCACAGUGAUCCCCAAGGCUUCCUUGCCAUCAGUGUCACAGAUUACACCACUGGCACCACCCAGCUGGCCUGGCAGACACAAGGUCGCAGCAGCCCAACCAGGGGUCAUGUCCGUGUCCCACUGGGAGAGAGAAGCCGUCCCUUCCAGGUUGAGCUGCUGGCACUGGUGGAUCUCCAGGGCUCAGAGAGUGUUGGUGUUGACAACGUGACAUUUGAGCAGUGCUACCUCGACGUGAUGUCACCUGCAGCUGCGGAGCUGUCCUGCAAUUUUGAGACGGGCAUGUGUGGCUGGUACCAGGAUCUUUCCAGUGACUUCAAAUGGGUCCACAGCACAGGGCAGGGACAGGGCUCUGACCACACCACUGGCUCGGGCUACUUCUUGUCUGUGGACCCCUCUGUGCCAUGGAGCCAUGGGCAGCGGGCCCAGCUCCUCACGUCCCGUCAGGAGCCGGCCACUGCCCCACGCUGUCUCUCCUUCUGGUACCGCCUGGCUGGCCCACAGAUUGGUACCCUGAACCUCAAGCUGCGGCGGGAGGGAGGGGAGGAGGUGGUGCUGUGGACCCGCCGAGGAACCCAGGGCAGUGUCUGGCACCGGGCACGGGCAACAUUGCCCGCCACGGGCCAGCAGCGGUACCAGGUGGCUUUCGAGGUGCUGCGCGACGGUUUCCUGGGGGAUGUGGGGCUGGACGACAUCACGCAGACAGCGGGACCCUGCGGGGCCGAGCUCUCCUGCACCUUCGAGGCGGAGGGCUGCGGGCUGGCAGCCAGCGGGAAGGGCACCUGGCGGCGGCAGAGCAACGGCACCGGCGCCACCGCUGGCCCUGCGGCUGACCACACCACCGGCACUGCCGCAGGCCAUUACAUGGUGGUGAACACGGGCAGGGUCUCCCUGCCUACGGGGCACACGGCUGUCCUCACCUCCCAGCCCUACCAGCCCUCCGUGUCUGCCCAGUGCCUGGCCUUCUGGUACCAGCUGAGCGCUGGGACCCCAGGUUCCCUCAGGGUGUUCGUGGAGCAGAGCAGGGUGAGGAGGAAAAUUCUGAGCAUAAGCACCAUGGAAAGGAGCGACUGGCACCGCAGCCAGGUCACCAUCCAGCCCGAUGGCGACUGGCAGGUGGUGUUUGAGGCAGUGGGAGCUGGGGCUGACCACGGAUACAUUGCACUGGAUGACCUGCACGUGUCAGAUGGAGCCUGUCCUGAGCCAGCAUCCUGUGACUUCGAGCAGGACUCCUGUGGCUGGAGCAGCCCCUCAGAUCCCCGCUUGCACAGUUUUGCCUGGGGCUGGAAGAGCGGGAUCGCCCUGGCCAAGUACCCUGGCCCUGAGCAGGAUCAUACCCUGGGCACAAGGAACGGUCACUACAUGCACUUCGACACCAGCGUGCUGGGUGCCAGGGGCACCAGUGCCCUGCUGGAGAGCCCACCCCUGCCCGCGGCCACCGAUUCCUGCCUGCGCUUCUGGUACCACAUGGACAUCCCGGAGCACCUCUGUGAGCACGGCAAGGGCAGGGAGGAGGUGCCAUCCCCGGCUGGGCAGUGGCGAUGGCCCAUUCGCCCCGGGUGCGGUCAUCCCAGCAGAGGGUGGGAGCGCGCCGCGGUGCCGCUGCGGAGCCCCGCGGAGUUCCAGAUCAGCUUUGAGAUCACCACUCGGAGGUGGCCGAUGGAGGGGACGGUGGCACUGGAUGACAUCGCGUACAGCGCCAGGGUGGGCUGCCAUUCCAGCCCGGAGAGUCCCGUGGAAGGGAAACCCUCCGGCAAUUUUGUGACGGAGGUGGUGCUCAGUCUGCUCCUGGCCCUCGUCGUCGUGGGGCUGGUGGCUGCUGGGGGUUGGUACUGCCUGAAACAGCGACGGGUAGCGAGCAGGACACCGACAGAGAGCAACAGUCCCCAGGGCUUCGACAACAUCACCUUCCGGGAUGACAAGGUGAUUAUAUCUCCAAGGGAGGGGGAUGAGUCUUGAAAGUGGCAGCCAGCAGCAGGAAUUGCCUGCGCCCCCGGGCAGAGCACCCUCGACAGGAACCCGCACUCCAUCAGUUGCCCGCUCUCUGCCCCCGGCACCGGGGAGCCGGCACCCCGGGGAGCCCGUCCCGCCCCGGGACACACCGCCCAUCACUACCUCCACGUGCUCGG